AUGGAUGGAUUUUAUGAACAGCAAGUGCCUUACAUGGUCACCAAUAACCCCUGUGGGAGAAAAUGUGAUGAGCAACCAACAAAUGUCAGGAAAAGAAAAUUCAUUAACCGAGAUCUGGCUCAUGACUCAGAAGAACUGUUUCAAGAUCUGUGCCAAUUACAGGAGACAUGGCUUGCAGAAGCUCAGGUACCUGACAAUGAUGAGCAGUUUGUACUGGACUACCAGGCCAAGAGUUUGGCUUUUCAUGGUCUGCCACUGAAAAUCAAGAAAGAACCCCACAGUCCAUGUUCUGAACUCAGCUCAGCGUGUAGUCAAGAACAACCAUUCAAAUUCAAUUAUGGGGAAAAGUGCCUGUACAAUGUCGGGUCCUAUGAUCAGAAGCCACAAGUGGGAAUGAGGCCCUCCAACCCACCAACUCCGUCAAGCACUCCAGUUUCACCAUUGCAUCAUGAAUCUCCAAACUCAGCUCAGAAUCCAAAACCUGACCGGGAUCACAGAUUCCACUGUCAGCUCUCAGAACCCUGCAAUUCAUUUCCUCCUUUGCCUGCCAUACCAAGGGAAGGCCGCCCGAUGUACCAGCGGCAAAUGUCUGAGCCAAACAUACCUUUCCCACCUCAAGGGUUUAAGCAGGAGUACCAUGACACAGUGUAUGAACACAAUGCCAUGGUUGGCAAUUCAGUCAGUCAUAACUUCCCCCCUCCUCUGAUGAUUAAACAGGAGCCUAGAGACUUUGCAUAUGAUUCAGAAGUGCCUAGCUGUCAUUCCAUUUACAUGAGGCAAGAAGGCUUCCUAGCUCACCCAUACAGAACAGAAGGUUGCAUGUACGAAAAGGGACCGAGACAGUUUUAUGAUGAUACCUGUGUUGUUCCAGAGAAGUUUGAUGGAGAUACCAAGCAGGAGCCAAUGCACCGAGAGGGCCCCACAUACCAGCGGAGGGGCUCUCUUCAGCUAUGGCAGUUCUUGUUUGCCCUUCUGGAUGAUCCGUCAAACUCUCACUUCAUUGCUUGGACUGGACGAGGCAUGGAAUUCAAGUUGAUUGAACCAGAAGAGGUGGCACAUCGCUGGGGGAUUCAGAAAAACAGGCCAGCCAUGAACUAUGAUAAACUUAGCCAUUCACUUUACUAUUAUUACAAGAAGGGAAUCAUGCAAAAGGUUGCUGGAGAGAGAUACGUCUACAAAUUUGUUUGUGAGCCUGAAGCCCUCUUCUCCAUGACCUUUCCAGACAACCAGCGCCCUUUGCUGAAGACUGACAUGGAACGUCAUAUCAAUGAAGCGGACACUGUGCCUCUGUCCCACUUUAACGAGAACAUGGUCUACAUGCAAAAAGGAAGCUGCUGUAACACCCUCCCUUACAAUGAAGGCUAUGUGUAUUAA